GAAAUUCGGCGCGCCAAGGUGGCACAAGACUGGGAUGAUCUACCGGCUUUGCUCUACACCGAAAUCCUGCGAGUCUACGAAGACAGCAAUCAGAAGAACAAAGACCUGAUUCUGGAGAUUAUGGAGUUCUGUAAGGCUAAUGCUCCAGUUAGACUACCCAUUUUUGAGGCUGACGCAAUCACAGCACUGGAGCUGUACAACGCAAGGGCCGGUGGCCUGAAGGUGGAUGGAACUGCAACUGACAAGACUAUUUCUCCUGGCGCUGCCGGGGCGACGGUGGCCACGCCAGGCACUGCAACUCCCAAACGCCUGUCAAUCGUCGUGCAGCCAAAUCUCUUGAAGGACCCCAAUGCAGCUUCUUCCGUGGAGGAGGAGAUUGGUGCGGAUGACUCCUACAGCUACGACAGCGAAAUGAGUGCAGAACUGGAGCUUGUGAGAAAGAGCGCGGUUCCUGCCAGACUGCCUAGUAUCCUGAACUUUGCUCGUCCACCCCCGCCCGUGGAGUAA